AUGGAUUCACCAAUGUAUUGUUUAUUCUGCAGCCAAUCUGGACACCCGUGUUGGAAUUGCCCUAGAUAUAAAUCGCCGUACUCAAAAUUCUACAUCCUCCAUAAGAAUAACGGUUGCUUCAGCUGCUUCAAGAAGGGACACCCAUCUUUCGACUGUCCAGAAGGCCGGUGUGAGUUUUGUCGAGGACCGCACAAUUCCAUAUUAUGUCGAGAGAUACCAGCAACAAUCAGAAAGACACUACACAAGAAGCUGGAUAAGAUGCUACAGAAUGGCCAAAUCAAAUCGCUGGAAGACCAUUACGACCCGAGACCUAAGGAUCCCAACGAGUACCAGGAUGAUUCGGAAGAAGAAUACAUUUAA